GUUGGAAACGGGCGGCGGCGGCGGAGGAGGAGGCGGACGAGGAUGUAGCGCCUGCAGGUGGCUGGUGUCGUUUCCAAUCCCCCUCCCCCCCGCCCCCACUUCCCCCCCUCCUCUGGAACUCGCUUUGCAUCAUUGGUUUCUCGCCCAGAAUGGCGCCGGGCGGUGUGUGACCUGAAGCGCCUUUGGUCAUUGUCCCUCUGAAUGGUUCGGGAGACUGGAGCAGCGGCGCUCGCAGGAUGGACAGAAUGACGGACGAUGCCCUGAGGCUCCACCUGCUGAAGCGAGGCCUGGACCGGGCCGAGGAGCGGGACGACGUGGUGGCCAAGCGGCUGAAGAUGGAGGGCCACGAGGCGAUGGAGCGGCUGAAGAUGCUGGCCCUGCUGAAGCGCAAGGACCUGGCCGGCCCCGAGAUGCCCCAGGACCUGGUGGUCAAGGCCGAGCACCAGAGGGCGGGCGAGGAGAAGCUGAACGGCAGCCUGAAGCCCCGCCUGGAGAUCCGCAGCGCGGGCAGAGCGGGCAAGGAGAACAUGGGGGACGAGCCCGUCGACAUGAGCGCCCCCAAGAGCGACGCGGAUAGAGAGCGGAGCACCCCCUCGCCGGACAUCAUCGUGCUGUCGGACAACGAGGCGUCCAGCCCGCGGGCCAACGGCAGGUAUGAAGACCGCCACAAGGUGGCGAACCUGGAGCUCUUCAAGGGCAAGGGUCCCGAGGAGCGGCAGAUGAUCAUCAAGCAGCUGCGGGAUGAGUUGCGGCUGGAGGAGGCCAGGCUGGUGCUGCUGAAGAAACUCCGCCAGAGCCAGAUACAGAAGGAGAACGUGGUGCAGAAGGUGCCCGUCGUGCAGAAUGCGCCAUCUGUCAUCCAGCCGUCGCUGGCUCCAGGCGGCCAGCAGAUGCUGUCCAAGCCCCCAUCGCGGCCCAUCCCUCAGGUAUUGGACCCUCAGAACCUGCGAGGAUCUCAGGGUCACCCGGUUAUCAGGUCGGUUCCCAACAGCACCCUGCCGCAGCUGCUGAUGUCCCAGCGAGUGAUCGCCCCCAGCCCAGCCCAGAUGCAGAACAUGAGGCUCAACAAACCUGGUCUCAUCCACAGCCCAGUGUCCAGUCAGACCCCGGCCAGCUCCUACCAGAAGCAGACAGGCUCGUCCAUCCCAUCGCCUCGGACCACCCCGUCCACCAUCUACAUGAACGUCCAGCCCCACGUGCAGUCGAGCCUGACGACAGCAGGGGGCGCCAGCCCGGCGCUGUCCAGCCCCGGCGGCCUGAGUGACCCGGCCAGUAGCCAGGCUGCUGCCAAGCUGGCCCUGCGCAAGCAGCUGGAGAAGACCCUGCUGGAGAUCCCGCCGCCCAAGCCCUCGCCGCCACUGCUCAACUUCCUGCCCAGCGCCGCCAACAACGAGUUCAUCUACAUGCUGGGCCUGGAGGAGGUGGUGCAGAGCGUCAUCGAGAGCCAAGGGAAGGGGCGCUUGCAGCUGUCGCAGAUCGACCCGUUUGUGUGCUCCCAGUGUCGGACGGACUUCACUCCCCACUGGAAGCAGGAGCGGAGCGGGAGCAUCCUGUGUGAGCAGUGCGUGACCUCCAACCAGAAGAAGGCGCUCAAGGCGGAGCACACCAACCGGCUGAAGACCGCGUUUGUCAAAGCCUUGCAGCAGGAGCAGGAAAUCGAGCAGCGGAUACAGCAGCAAGCAGCAACCGUCUCGGUGUCCCCGACGUCUGCACCCACCGGCGUGCCAAUGAGUAAACCCGAGCCGGUGAUCAGACACCACCCUCUCCGCCAGCAGCCGCCCCAGUCCCAGUCAUCGCUCCAGCGAGGGCUCCACACCUCCGCUCGCAGUGUGCUCUCCACCUUCGCCCAGGGCCCCCAGCUGCACGUGGCCAGUGGUCUCCUAGGCAUGCCAGGUAAGCAUGCAGUGCAGAGCGGAGCUCCUCGCCGAGGACAGAGGCCGUACUUCACCAGCUCAGGGGUCAGCAUGUCGUACAUCAAUGCUGGGGUCGGAGGUCAGAAGGGCUCGUCCUUGGCGGACCGUCAGCGCGAGUAUCUGCUGGACAUGAUUCCCCCCAGGCCCAUCUCCCAGUCCAUCAGCACGCCCAAGUGAAGGGCUGCUCCCGUCGCAUGCAGUGCCUGUCCUGGUGCCUCGUUACUUAACCCGCCGCUUCGGAGGGAGCAGAACCCCCCUACUUUACCCCCUCCCCUUCCCUCCUCCACACUCCUGCUCCUCCCGGCCCCACCCUCAACCCCAGUAUUAUCGUUCUCUGUAUCUGUUGCUAACCAUGUCCUCAGCCUUGUGGGGGUGGGGGAAUGGAGAAUGGGCUUCCCCGACGCUCUGCUGCUCGCACCACCUCACAAUGCAAGUGGCAGCCUUCAGGAAGGGGUGUGUGUGUGCGUGUGUGUGUCUGUCUAUCUGUGUGUCAGUGUGUGGGUAUAUGUGGGAGUGUGUGUCUGCAUGUGAUUAUAUGUGGGAGUGUGUGUCUGUGUGUGAGUAUAUGAGCAUGAGCACACACGUGCCUGUACGGGUAUGUGUGUGCAUGUGUGCACCUGUACGUGUGCCUGUAUGUGUGUGCAUGUGUGCACCUGUACCUGUAAGUGUGUGCACCUGUACCUGGGUGCCUGUAUGUGUGCACCUGUACCUGUAAGUGUGUGCAUGUGUACCUGUACCUGAGUGCCUGUAUGUGUGUGCAUGUGUGCACCUGUACCUGUAAGUGUGUGCAUGUGUACAUCUGUACCUGAGUGUCUGUAUGUGUGCACCUGUACCUGAGUGCCUGUAAGUGUGUGCAUGUGUACACCUGUACCUGAGUGCCUGUAAGUGUGUGCAUGUGUACACCUGUACCUGAGUGCCUGUAAGUGUGUGCAUGUGUGCACCUGUACCUGGGUGCCUGUAUGUGUGCACCUGUACCUGAGUGCCUGUAUGUCUGUGCAUGUGUGCACCUGUACCUGAGUGCCUGUAUGUGUGUGCAUGUGUACAUCUGUACCUGAGUGUCUGUAUGUGUGCACCUGUACCUGAGUGCCUGUAAGUGUGUGCAUGUGUACACCUGUACCUGAGUACCUGUAAGUGUGUGCAUGUGUACAUCUGUACCUGAGUGUCUGUAUGUGUGUGCACCUGUACCUGGGUGCCUGUAUGUGUGCACCUGUACCUGUAAGUGUGUGCAUGUGUACACCUGUACCUGAGUGCCUGUAAGUGUGUGCAUGUGUGCACCUGUACCUGGGUGCCUGUAUGUGUGCACCUGUACCUGUAAGUGUGUGCAUGUGUGCACCUGUACCUGGGUGCCUGUAUGUGUGCACCUGUACCUGUAAGUGUGUGCAUGUGUGCACCUGUACCUGGGUGCCUGUAUGUGUGCACCUGUACCUGUGUGUGCAUGUGUGCACCUGUACCUGGGUGCCUGUAUGUGUGCACCUGUACCUGUAAGUGUGUGCUUGUGUGCACCUGUACCUGGGUGCCUGUAUGUGUGCACCUGUACCUGUGUGUGCAUGUGUGCACCUGUACCUGGGUGCCUGUAUGUGUGCACCUGUACCUGUAAGUGUGUGCUUGUGUGCACCUGUACCUGGGUGCCUGUAUGUGUGCACCUGUACCUGUAAGUGUGUGCAUGUGUACACCUGUACCUGAGUGCCUGUAUGUGUGUGCAUGUGUGCACUUGUACCUGCGUGCCUGUGUGUGUACCUGUGUGCAUGCAUGCUUGAACCUGUGUCUGUAUGGGUACGCCUGUAUGUGUGUGUACAUGUGCCUGUGUGUGUGUUUACCUGUUGUUUUCCUGCUUCCUCUCCCUCCAUCACCCUCUUUGCCCCUGACGACAGCUGCUUUCCCUGGGCACCUCAGGGUACCCGUAAUACUCACUUGGCCCAAUUUGGCGUGUCACAGAGGCAGCAGAGGGAUUUCACUCGAUGCCCAGCUCGUGCUCUGACUGGUGUGUUCUGGCGGAGAAGGGGGUGAGGGAUGGGGGUGAGUAGAAGGGAAGGGAGCAGCAGCAGGUGGUGAGC